AUGACGCCCAACGCCAAAAAGUCAUGUCUGAAGCCACCGCCACAGGAGUUUGGCUUCCUGUCACGUGCAGACUUCGAGAAACAGAUCUUUGAUCUGUUCGACGAAGCGAUUCUUGGUAAGGAAGCUAGACGCAAAUAUGCUGAAAAGUUGCUGGGUUUGGACAAGAAGUGGACGGAAGAGGUAGAGGAUAGAGAAGCUUAUAGAGAGCAGCUAGUUCAAGAGGUGCUUGACGAGAGCGCCUGGAAGAUCAUGGGGACUGAUCACAAGACUAAAAAUCCGUACGAGCUUUCAUCGACUGGCUUCGAGCAUCGUUGGUUGGGUGGCGAGACUGCUGCUC